AAUGGACAUUAGUCCACUGACGUUAAGUAGCGUCAUCAACGCUCGCCCAAAUUAUUGUCUCCCCCAAAUUAAAGCGGAAGUAAACAAACAUGAGCUGGGACCGUAAUACACCCGUUACCGCAGAAACUGCUUAUUAAACUGUAGCGUCAGGUUUGGCGGGCCAGUGCUUUUAUUAUCAGCUCACAAAUACAACCAAGAAGCAGCUGAAAGAAACUGCCGCGUUUACCUCACAGCGAAGAUAACAGCGGUAAAACCACAAGUUUCGGACCGUUUUGGAUGAAGAGCGAUAUUUGCUUACACUGACCAACAAAAUGGAUUGUAGCACCGCUGACCUGCACGCUAACGUGGCACACGACUCUCCAGGGGACGACAGCUCCAGCAGUGAUGAGGACUUGGUGCCUCUGUCAAAGCUCCUGAUGAGGCAGCAGAGUGAUGAGAGGGAGUCAUGUGACAACACCCACAGCUUAACCUCCAACUCCAACAAUAAAUCAAAAAAGGACAAAGCUUCAGACGGCUCCUCUGAUGACGAACCGCUAAUAAAGAUGAAAACAGGCCUUACGUCACCUAAGAAACAGGAGAAAAAGGAAAACACUCCUCCCAAAUCUAACAGCACAAAUAAUAAGAAUGCAGGUUCAAAUACAGAUGAGGAUUCUGACAACAAGCCUUUGAUAAAAAUUGCUAAAGUGUCCUUGAAAGCUAUUAAAAAUCCUCCCUCAGUUCGGACCAAAAAAACUGCUGGCCGAAAGAAGAAAGAGUCACUGGACGAGGACGACAGCUCCGAUGAUGAGCCUUUGAGUCGAAUUGCCAAGAAAGUUCAGCCGCAGCGCAAGAGAAAGCCGGCUGCUGAAAAAGCAAGCCCGGUUAUUAAAUCCAAACGAAAUGCUGCGAUGAAAAAGGUGAAAUAUGCAGAGACGUCAUCUGACAGUUCAGAUGAUGAGCCGCUGGCAACGAUAAAGAGGAGGACAAACGCUCCUAAAGAGCAAAAGAAGACAGCAAAACAUAAAGACAGCAGCUCAGAUGAUGAUGUGCCCCUUGGGAACCUCGUUGCCAAGAAGAAGAAACCACUGAAGAAAAGCCCAAAGAAGAGCACUGUAACACAAGGGCGAGCAUCAAACAAGAGAAAAGACGAAAGCUCGGAUGAUGAACCCUUGAUUAAUCUUGUGAAGAAGCCUCGCGCUAACAAACAAACAAAAACAAAGAAGAGGAGCACACCUUCCAAGAGUCCAAGAAAGAAGCCAGAUUCACCAGACAGCAGUUCAGAUGAUGAACCCUUAAUCAAGGCAGCUAAACACCCACAAGUGACUAAAACCGUGAUAAUCCUGCUAGAGAGGUGUGAUGUUGGACGCGCCGGGGCAGCAGGAAAUCCGAAGAAAGCCAGAGCAGCAGAAAAACACACUGCUGAAAAGCCCAAGAAGGAAGACUCGGCUGGUUCAGAGGAGUCUUCAGAUGAAGAAUAAGCAAACGAAACAAAAUUCCCAAACAGUUGUGAGAAACACCCCCAAAAUCAUUUAGUGUUCAUGUAAAGUUCAUCACUGUGCUUUAUCUCCAUACGUGUUAAUUUAUGCUCAUACUAUUUUUACUCCAGAUUUUAGGUUUGGGACCAAAUUUUGUGGGUUCCUUAAAGGUUUUAUGCACUGUCUUUGAUUUUUAUGUGCCAAUUGUUUGCAGUUGUUAAUUCCUAUGGUUUAAAAUUUUUUAAAGAAAAUGGUGUAACACUCAUUUCUGUUACAAGUUACAGUUCUGCUUUCACACAUUUUAGCUUUAACUGCCCACUCAGCAUGCAGCGAUGAAAUCUGUUGUGUUGGAAUAAAGUGCUUUCACUAAGAAAUUCA